GGUGGCAUAUAUGGCUAUUUCCCUAAAAAAAAAACCUAAAUACCCCACCCUCUCUCUCGCGCGCGUAAGACCCCCUUCCCCUGAUUCAUUCUCCUCCCGACGGCGUCAUCUCUUCUCCCCGACGAUUCACCGCCGCCCAGCCAACUCAGGCCACGGCACCGGUCCCAUUAGAACGGCGUUGAGCUCCUCUACCCAGCCCACCUGAUUUCCCGGCCGUAAAACUCGAGGAUCGGUGGCUGUGUCGACUGGCAGUUGCGCCAGUUUUCCGGCGACGUUUUGCUUUGAACCAGAAAUUUGAGAAGACCCAUUGGACUGUAAAGAUUUUCAAGUAAUGGAGGAUGUUCUGGACCAGCAAAGUCAACCACUUGGUCAAGAUGGUGAAAGUGAAAUAGUAACUGAAGAUGCUGCAUUUGUUCAUGGGGAACCUCCUCAAGAUGCUAAUGGCCUCCCAAAAGUUGAUUCUAAGGUGGAAGUCCUUCAUGAGAAAGUCACGAAGCAAAUCAUUAAGGAAGGUCAUGGUCCAAUACCAUCCAAAUAUUCAACAUGCUUUUUGCACUACAGGGCAUGGACUCAAAGCACACGGCAUAAGUUUGAAGACACAUGGGAUGAACAACGACCACUUGAAAUGAUUUUAGGAAAAGAGAAAAAAGAAAUGACUGGCUUGGCUAUUGGUGUCUCCAGCAUGAAAUCUGGAGAGCGUGCCCUUUUACAUGUAGGCUGGGAGUUAGGGUAUGGGAAAGAAGGAAGCUUUUCUUUCCCGAAUGUUCCACCCUUGGCAGAUAUAUCAUAUGAAGUUGAGCUUAUUGGGUUUGAUGAAACCAAAGAAGGGAAAGCUCGUGGUGACAUGACUGUGGAGGAAAGGAUUGGAGCAGCAGAUAGAAGAAAAAUGGAUGGAAAUGCUUUAUUUAAAGAAGAAAAACUAGAGGAGGCUAUGCAACAGUAUGAAAUGGCCAUAGCAUAUAUGGGUGACGACUUCAUGUUCCAGUUGUUUGGGAAGUACAGGGACAUGGCUUUGGCUGUUAAAAAUCCAUGCCACCUUAACAUUGCAGCGUCUCUUAUAAAGCUCAAGCGGUAUGAAGAAGCCAUUGGACAAUGCAGUAUUGUACUGGCAGAAGAUGAAAACAAUGUCAAAGCACUAUUUAGGCGAGGAAAAGCCAGAGCAGAGCUUGGGCAGACAGAUGCUGCCCGGGAAGACUUUUUGAAGGCAAGUAAAUUUGCACCCGAAGACAAAGCUAUUGCAAGGGAGUUGCGUCUACUUGCUGAGCAUGACAAGGCUGUUUAUCAGAAACAAAAAGAGAUCUACAAGGGAAUUUUCGGACCAACCCCGGAACCUAAACCCAAGCGAAAUAAUUGGUUGAUCGUCAUUUGGCACUGGCUAUUAUCAUUAUUCUACCAUGUCUUCAGGCGUGAAAGGCUUAAAGCUGAUUAGUCAAAGCUUUUGAAGUCAUGAGUUGUACGAUAAAUGAAGAAAUUUAUGUAUGAAGUCUAUUAUAAUAAACAAGACUAGGAGUUUCAUUUGUGGAGGGAGUUUCAGGCCUUUGAGUUAAAUCUUAGAUGAAACAGUUUUAGCCUGGAAGAUACAAAGUGACUGUUCUGAACUGUUCAACAAAAGCUUAUUUAUCUCAUUUCCCCUUUGUUUGAUGAUA